CCACAAAGUGGUCCCUACAUAAGCUACAAACACAAUGUUAUUGUCCUUGUCUUGUUUCAAACUUCAAACAUAGAGUGAAUCGCCAGAUUUAACUUCAAAACUUUUCAUUAUACUUUUUAACAUAAACAUAGUUUUUCACGAAAACUUGUUUUCCAUCUCCUCCUUAAUCACCCUUUUCUUUCCCUUAUAUCCAUUAUCUUCCUCUUAGCUUCUAUUCUUCUUUUUCAUUGCAAAUUUGCAAUCUUUCACUUCUUUCUUUGUUGUUAUGGCUCCAGCACUUGAAGCUCAAGGAGGAGAAACUUUAUCUCAGAACAGUUUUUUGAACAGUGUUGGUGAUGUUACAAACAGAUCCAAAGUCACUGUUAUUGGUAGUGGAAAUUGGGGUAGUGUUGCAUCUAAACUUAUUGCCUCUAACACUCUAAGGCUCAGCAAUUUCCAUGAUGAAGUUAGGAUGUGGGUAUAUGAGGAGACAUUACCAAGUGGAGAGAAGCUCACAGAUGUCAUCAAUCAAACCAAUGAAAAUGUAAAAUAUCUACCUGGAAUUAAGCUUGGCAAAAAUGUUGUUGCAGAUCCAGAUCUUGAAAAUGCAGUGAGGGAUGCAAAUAUGUUGGUGUUUGUGACUCCACACCAAUUUAUGGAAGGAAUAUGCAAAAGGAUAGCAGGGAAAAUAAGGGCAGAUGCUGAGGCUAUUUCCCUUGUUAAAGGAAUGGAAGUCAAAAUGGAAGGACCUUGCAUGAUCUCUACUCUCAUUUCUCAUGAAUUAGGAAUCAAUUGUUCAGUUUUGAUGGGAGCCAACAUAGCAAAUGAGAUAGCUGUAGAGAAGUUUAGUGAAGCAACUGUUGGAUACAGACAGAACAGAGAAGCUGCAGAGAGAUGGGUUCAUUUGUUUUAUACUCCUUAUUUCAUUGUGACAGCUGUUCAAGAUGUUGAAGGAGUUGAAUUAUGUGGAACACUAAAAAAUGUUGUGGCCAUAGCAGCAGGUUUUGUUGAUGGCCUGGAGAUGGGAAAUAAUACAAAAGCUGCUAUCAUGAGACUUGGUCUUAGAGAAAUGAAGGCAUUUUCAAAGUUGUUGUUUCCAUCUGUUAAGGAUAGUACCUUUUUUGAGAGCUGUGGUGUAGCUGACCUUAUCACAACAUGCUUGGGAGGAAGGAACAGGAAAGUUGCUGAGGCUUAUGCAAAGAAUGGAGGGAAGAGAUCUUUUGAUGAGCUUGAAGUUGAGAUGCUACAAGGCCAGAAGUUGCAGGGUGUCUCAACUGCAAGGGAAGUAUAUGAAGUUCUAAGCCAUCGUGGCUGGCUAGAGUUAUUCCCUCUCUUCUCAACAGUUCAUGAAAUAAGCAGUGGUCUCCUUCCACCAUCAGCCAUUGUUGAAUAUAGUGAGAAGUCACCAAGGUCCUUCUAAUUUAAGGGGCUUGGAGAUAGUGUUAAUUUAUUGUUUUCACACAUAGACUAUUUAUUUUAUUGGUAUAUACUCUUUUAGAGUAAACAAAAAUACAUUGUCAAUCAAUUAUAAUUACAAUUAUAAUUGAUAGAUCAUUAAAAUAUAUUUGACUUUUAUCAAAAUUAUAUUAAAAGUCGAAUAUAUAAUUGAUCGUAAUUAUUUGACAAUAUAAAAAGUUUUAUAGCAAUAAUGUAUGUUUGAGUUUCUCUCAAGGCCAAUGAAGUUAAAUUUUAUAUGAA